AGUAUAUGGUGCUGCUGUAACUCACGCUUGACUGUACAGCGAGGACAGCGACGACCUCUUGAAAGCGAGAUUUGGAACUGGACCAUGGGUCUAUUUUCAUGGUUUAGAAAGUCCUCUGCGCCAGACUAUGAAACCCUGCUCUCUCGACUGAGUGGCGAGAUUGAAGACUCAAAACUUCAUCUCUCAGAGAUCAGAUUACGAGAAAGACGAUGGAGCUUGCUGGUGAAUGCUUAUGGCGUCUUAUUAUGGGCUAUAUGGGUCGGGUUAUGGUACCUCAAAGCUAUACCGAUGGGUUUGGUCGGGAUUGAUAGGGCAGGUGUGGAAGGCAAGGCUAUAGGAAUAGGAGGCAUCGCAGCGGGACCAUUCUUACUUUGGGCACUCAAUCGAGCCCUCCAUUUCGUCUUUGCGAGACAACGGAACUCAUCCGAAUCUCGCCUUCGAGAUCUUCUCACGAAGCAGCGUAAACAUUUGGAAGAUAUCAAGAAAGCGACUAAUUACGACUCUACGCGAAAGCUCAUUGAACGAUACGACGAUUCUGCACCUCCCUCCCCUGCUCAUUCGCAAUUCGGUACAGGUCCACCCAGUCAGCCAAAUACACCGAUACGGAAGGGUAGUAAGGGUAUCGAUGGACAAAGAGGUCCUGCCGGCCAGCAGCCCGGAACACCUCGUGCUCCUGGCCAUUUGACCGGCGCCGGCGGAACUCCCAUGAGACAAGUACCCGGGACGCCAGUACCUAUUCCUGAUGGAUUGACUCCGGAUCAAGCUACGGCUCUUUCACUACAGAUGCAAGCUAUUCAGCCUGUCCUUCCGACCCCAGAGAAACGAUGGUACGACCGAGUCGUCGAUUCCAUCUUGGGUGAAGACCCUGCGCAAGGAGCUCAGAGCAAGUACGCGCUCGUAUGUGGCGAGUGUUUCAGACAUAAUGGACUAGUGGGGAGCAAGUAUGAGUGGGAGCGAAUGCAAUGGAUAUGCCCUCGAUGUAAUCACUUGAACCCCUCACCGCUAUCUCGAGCCAAGUCCGAAAUGCCCUCAGGCUUACCUCCAUCAUCUUCUCUCAACGCUCAACCGGCCUCCGCCCCCGUGCCAUCGUCUUCAAGUAAAGUCUCAUCCCUCCCAUCGCCACUUACUCCUUCACGCCGUGGUACGACCGCUUCUCCACGUAGGCGUCAUCCGGCUGAACGCGGGACACCAAGAAGCUCAAGGUUAGGGAAAGAGGUCUUUUCGGCAUCACGCGAUGAUGACGAAGACGAGGAUGGGGAGGAGGAGGAGGAGGAGGAUUAUGGGGAAGGAGAUGGCUCGCAGUCUGAAGGAGGGGAUGGACUCGAGAGGGAUAGAGAGGAUACGCCGGAGAGAGAUGCUAUGGAGGUCGAUGGCGCGACGUAGAGUGAGUUUCUCCAGAAGCGCGCAUGCAUAGUGCAGUCUAGUCCGG